AUGAUCGUGGAGCUGAUGACUUGUGGUGAUACGGACCCGGAUGUCAUGGUGUUCAUGAAAUCCCGGCAAGAGGAGAUCCGGACUAUCCCGUAUGUCGUGCGGCGCGAAUCCUCGGGGUUCAUCAUCAAUCGUAUCUGGGCUGCCAUCAAGCGGGAGACUCUGAGCGUUCUUGCUGAGGGUGUUUCAACGCCUGCAGAGAUUGACGAACUCUGGGGAUCUGUUGUGGAGUCGACUCGACCGGGUCCCUGUAGGAUGAUGGAUGAGGCUGGACUCGACACCGUGGCGGCCAUCGAAGAGAACUAUAUCAACGAACGCGGUCUGCCUUCCAUCUAUACGACCGACUAUCUGCGAGACUCGUAUCUCUCCCGGGGAAAACUGGGCGCCAAAUGCCACCAGGGAGGCUUCUACCCCCCAGAAAGAGAGAUGGCACUCCAUUCGUCCAAGUCUUUGGAGGAUUCAUGCGGCCAGACGGUGGUAUUGCCGGGGAUGACCGGAAGUCAGAGUCGAUUCUGA